CAAACAGUGAUUUUCUAUGUUAUUCUAAAACCUUCAAGUUUUAGUCUGACAUUUUCAUUUGAUAAAAUCUCUGGAAGCAAUAAUCGUUUUAUCUAUUUUUACUGCACAUUCUCUUGCAUUAAGAGCUUUUUUUCCCUGAUUAGUUAGUACCAGUUGCUGCACAACUCCUGUGAGAAGCAUUUCCAGGAUAAGAUUUUAUUUUUUUUUUUUGUUUGCAGAGAAAAACAGAGAAGGCAUUGCUCGAUCCAACAAUUGAGAAAUAAAGGGGAGGAGGGCUUGUAAAUCCUGUUAUUCCAAAGCUUGAGUCAGAGCGGGGUAGGCAACAGAAGCUGCAAAAUGAAGCUCUGCAUUGUCUCAGUACUUCUCCUGAUCUGGACUGUGGAGGCCUCAGACAGAUUCUUCAUCUCAGCCCCCAGUAUUUUUCAUUUGGGUGUGAAAGAGAAAGUGGUCGUCCAGAUGGAAGAUGAUUAUCUCAACCGACCCGUUACUCUCUACCUGGAGGACGAAAAUACUGGGACACUUAUGUCUAACGAUGAAACUACUCAAUGUACUCAAAAAGGGGAAAUCAAAAUUGUUGAACUGAUGAUAAACAGAGAGAAUUGGUUAAAAAAAUAUGAACGUAAACAACGGCCAUACCUUAAUCUGGUGGCAGAGGUCUCCAACUCCACUACAAGGAAAAUAACAAGGGUUCUGGUUACAAAUCACAGAGGAUAUAUCUUCAUCCAGACUGAUCAGCCAAUGUACAACCCAACACAAAAAGUGAGAUUCAGGAUAUUCACUCUUGAUCAUAUGUUUAGGCCACAUGAGGAAACCAUCCACAUAUCAGUAUUUAAUGCUGCUGGAAACAAAGUAAUGAAGCUUUCAAGGGCUGCAGUGGGAGGAAUUUAUAAAGAUCAUUUCCCAAUUUCAAGUGUAUCUAAAAUGGGUACAUGGAAGAUAACCGCACACUAUGAUGGUGAUGAGGCAMAUGCUGUCCGAGAAUUCAAAGUCCAAAAAUUUGUUUUACCAAGUUUUGAGGUGAACAUUAAAAUGGAGCAGCGUUACAUUUUGUUGAACGACGAAAGGCUUGACUUCACAAUCUUAGCAACGUACUCACAUGGUGAAAAAGUCAAAGGGGCUUACCACUGCCAGUUUGGAGUGGUGAAAAAAGAUGCAACCUUUGGUCAAAAAACACCAGAAUUUAUAAGGGGGCUGGAACUGGCUGGCUCGGUCCAGAAUGGAACAGCAGACUUUACCCUUCAGUUAAAUGAGAUUAAUUCAAAACUCAUGAAACAGAUGAACAAAACCCUCUCUGACUUACCGAAAAGUGGAUCACAGAUCUAUGUGGGAGUAUAUGUCACCAACAUUCAAAGUGGUGAAAUACAGGAGGAGGAAGUGUUUCUUCCCAUCAUCUUCCAAAAAUACAGCUUAGAUCUUUCCCGAAUUCGUUCUCAUUUUAUCCCUGGAUUUCCACUUGAAGUGCCGAUGGUYAUGCAUCUCCCAGAUGACAGCCCUGCAGCUGAUGUACCGAUAAAUAUUACUGUUAGUGCAGGUGAUGCACGGGUACACUGGAACGGCACCACUGACCAGGAGGGAGCAGUGUCUCCUGUUUUUGAAACUCGUAAUGCAACUAAUAUUGCAAUUGAAGUGUCAGCAGAGGGUAUUCAUAAAAGAAAAAUUAUACCUAGCACUCUGCAAACUAAUAACUAUCUUUACAUGGCAAUUACCCAUGAGGUGUACUCUGUGAAUGACUUCCUUUCAGUACAAUUUAACACCUUCAAUGGCCCGAGAAGAGGACAUAUAUACUACAUGGUUUUGAGCCGUGGGAUCAUAAUAAAAACUGGCUCACUUGCAAUUGGUCCAUCCGUUACUCACAAAGUGCAAAUAACAGCUGAUAUGGUUCCAUCUUUCCGCGUAAUUGGUUAUUACCACGGCACAAAUGGUGACAUCGUAGCUGACUCGGUGUGGGUUGAUGUCAGAGAUGAAUGUGAGAUAAAAGUCAAGGUAGAGCACAAAGGACAGCCUAAGCCUGGACAAAAAUCUGUGCUAGAACUGGAUUUACACGCUCAGUCUGCAAAAGUGGCUUUGCUGGCUGUGGAUAAAGCAUUCUACGCUCUCAAAGCUAAUAAUAAACUUACAGACAAACAGGUGUUUUCUACCAUGAAGCUCUAUGACCACGGCUGUACAUAUAGUGGAGGAGCUAACCCGUCAUCAGUCCUUUUGGAUGCUGGCCUCUCUUUUGUAUCACACUCUGAAACACAUUGGAGGAGGAAUAUUAAGUGUAAUCCAGAAAAUGCACGAUUAAGACGAUCAGUGGAUCCUCACCAGGAAAUGAUGACUUUAGUUACAGAGUUGAAGUUAAAACCUGAAGAGCAAGACUGUUGCACUCAUGCAUUUUCUCCCAUCCCUAUGAGACGAACAUGUGAAGAAAGAGCAACGAGAGUUCAACUAAUACAAGGAAAUCAAAUGUGUGUGGAUGUUUUUCUAAAAUGCUGCAAAGCAGCAGAGAAGAUGAGACAAAAAGAGAUGCWAGAGGAUGUCCAGGAUGGACUCGGCAGAACUGCAACCUCAGCUGAUAUUGAGAAGUUCUUCCAGGAAACUUCUAAUCAGUACAUCCGGCAAUAUUUUCCUCCAAGCUUUGCAUUUACAGAGUUUGAUGUGAAUGGAAAACAUUUAUAUUCAUUGACUCUACCAGACUCCAUCACAACGUGGGAAAUUCAGGUGGUCACGUUAUCUCCUGCUACUGGUUUCUGUGUAGUUAAACCACAUGAAGUCAAAGCAUUUAAAGAAACAUUUGUGUCUCUGAGGCUGCCUUACUCUGUUAAAAAAUAUGAACAACUAUCUGUGUCACCUGUUAUCUACAACUAUGGCACAGAACCACUACAGCUGGCUGUACAUAUGGAGCAAACUGAAGGACUUUGCUCUCCUGCAUCAGCCACAAAACUCUCCUUUGUUACAAUAGAUGUUGAGCCACAGUCUUCUCAGUUUGUUUCUUUCUCUGCUGUCCCUAUGGUCACKGGAUCAAGAGCCAUCAAAAUACGCCUGUUUGACAUUAAAAAUAGCUAUGGAAUAGAUGCAGUGGAGAAAAUUUUAAAUGUGCAGACAGAGGGGUUAGAAGAAAGAGUGGAAGAAACCACAGUAGUUAAACUAGAUGGGCAGAGUUCAAAAACAAUAUACAUUGAUGGCAGUUUGCCARAUGAAACCGUCCCAGACUCCAGCUCCAGCAUGUUCGUUUCAAUAGAAGGUGACGGAUUUGGCAGUUCACAAGCUAUGAAGCUUCUUUCUCCAGAGAAGGUUGCCAGUUUGAUUGUACUGCCCAAAGGCUGUUUGGAACAGACUAUGAACAAACUGGUACCUAYUGCUUUAGCGCUCCGCUACCUCGACUUAACCGAUCAGUGGUUUGACCUGCCUCCUGACGCCAGAGACGAGGCUCUGGCUAACGUUGAACGUGGUUAUAUGAGAAUUUUUGAAUUGAAAAGAAAAAACUUUGGUGUUUAUGGAACAUUCUCAUCUGUGCCRUCUAGCAACUGGGUAACUGCCUAUGUGGUGAAAGUUUUGUCGUUGGUGUCGGAACGUCAAACAGCAGCUGCUGGACAGCAGGGUCGGAGUAGCAAAGCUGUACCAACAGAGGAACUCAUCCAGUCAGUCAGUUAUUUGCUUAAUAAGCAGCAGAAAGACGGGUCGUUCAAAGAUCGAAAACCUGUGUUACACAGAGAUCUUUUGAAAAACCAAGAUACCUGGCUGACUGCUUUUAUUACGCUUGCGUUGAAUCGCUCCCUUCAGUUCCUGCCACCUAAGAGUCAACCACAUGUGGAAGACCGUAUAUUAAGAGCAACAACGUAUCUCGAGUCCCAACUACCAGAGCUAAGCCAUACCUACAUCAUGGCCUUAACAGCUUAUUGCCUCUCAGUCUGUCGGCCUCAAGAAGAAGUCCGAUUAUCUGCAUGGAGGAAACUUAAGUCAAGAGCAAUAUUAGAUGACAAUCAAUGCUACUUCUGGACUGAACAUCCCAAUCAAGCAAAUCAAGUUGAUGCAGAUGCCACCACAGUCGAGACAACAGCCUAUGCCCUUCUAACUGCUGUGGAACUUGCAGAUUAUGAGUGGGCAGACCAAAUAGCCUGUUGGUUAACCAGCCAAGAAAACUAUUUUGGAGGCUACAAAUCAACACAAGAUACAGUCAUGGCACUUGAAGCCCUGGCAGACUAUGAAAUAAAAAAGCCCAGACCAGAAGGAAACAUAAAAGCAGUGUUCACUGUUCCAGGAAAGGCUGAAAUUCUAACACUUCAACUAAAUAAUAUAAGAGAAAAAGUGGAAACAGAGCUGAAGAUGCUUAAAGGGAACAACAUCACGGUUCAGCUGACAGGAAAAGGAGAAUUCAAGUUAAAAACUGAAAAAGCCUUCCAUCUGCUGGACCCUGAGGACGACUGUACCCAUCUUUCUAUCAGUGUCACAGUGGAGGGGAAGGUGAAGUACACUGCUAAGGUCAUCGAAAAUUAUGAAUAUUAUGAUUACGAUGACACUGAAGACAAGGCGGCACAAGAGGCGCCAGUUGAAAUUGAUCAUUCUGAUGCUCCCAUAAGAAGCAGGAGAGAUCUUGAGAACACCAUAAAUCCAGACAACACUGUUACCUACACUGUCUGUGUCAGUCUUAACCCAAACACCAAGCUAUCAGGAAUGGCUAUAGCUGACAUCACACUACUUAGUGGAUUUGAAGCUAAAAUGGAAGACCUUGACAGGCUAAAGCAGCCACCUGAACAAUAUAUUACCCAUUAUGAGUUAUCCUUUGGAAGAGUGCUCAUCUACUUCAAUGAGCUCUUUGAGCAGCAGGAAUGUUUUAGUUUUGAUGUUGUACAAAGUGUCCCGAUUGGUCUUCUACAGCCUGCUCCAGCUGUGUUCUACGAUUAUUACGAACCAAGCAGAAAGUGCACUGUGUUUUACUCUGCCCCAAAAAGAAGCAAGAUGGUCUCCACGCUGUGUUCAGAUGACGUCUGCCAAUGUGCAGAAAGGCCCUGUCAUAAACUGCAGGAUACAUUCAAAUCCAAGAGAGGUGAAAGAAUCACGAAGGCAAAGCGAGCAGAACAUGCUUGCUUCUACCCAAAAGCGGAUUAUGCAUACAUUGCUGAGAUCCAGAGUGUUUCUGUUAAGAGCAACUUUGAGCUGUACAAAGCUAACAUAAAGGAGGUCCUCAGUUUUGAUGGAGAUCGUCGUGUAAAUGCCAAUUCUGUCCGAGUGUUUGCCAGGAGGCUUCAGUGUAAAGGGGAGCUAGAAUUAAAAAAACAAUAUCUCAUUAUGGGCAAAGAUGGCGCCACUAAGGAUUCAAAUGGAGAGAUGCAGUAUCUGCUGGAGUCARACACCUGGGUGGAAAAAAGGCCUCUGAAACACGACUGCAAAAAAUCUGCUAACAGACAGGGUUGUAAUGAGUUUAAUGCUUUCAUAGMAGACUUUAAGAUUAAUGGCUGCACACAGUGAACUCAACUUUCACUGAAACUCAUACGUGUUGCAUGCGUUUACUGUAACUGCCAUUACAGUAGAGGGCAAGAGCUAAUUUUUAAAUAUCUGUAAUGUGUUUCCUUUUAGUUACAGUGUUAUAAAUCAUCACAAUCAUCUAGUCAGUAUUUAACAAAACAGAUUCAUACCAGCUCUACACAUUUGUUAUUCAGUCACAAUGUAAUUUAAAAAUAACCAAUCAAUGUCCAGAUUAUACAAGCUACAAAGGAACUUAAAACAUGACUUCAUUCUGAGUAUGUGUAUCAUUACUUGCUGAAAAUGAGACUGAACGUAGUAAAAGACAAAUACUCUACUCAGAAAGGCRCAUUUGCUUUUUUAUGUCUCUCCCAUAAGUGUGAUUCAUUUUGGUUUGGAUUUAGCUUUCCUGUGAAAUGUAUUUAUUUAAUGUUUUCUUUUACCUUUACGGGCAGCAAAAGCCCUGAGAGGGGUCUCUGUACUCAACUCAACUCCAGUCAAAGUAAAGCCCCCCUCCCUCUUCCUGCCUCACAUCUGCAAGCUAAAAAGGAGGAGGUGGGAGGGUGUGGUUUUGGCUACAUGGAGCCUACUGACUUGCUCCUAUUGGAAAGGCAAGGUUCGGAUCAAUCAUACCCCUCAUGAGGGUAAAAAAAAAACAACCUCAAAUAUGCUUUUUCUGAAAUAUGGUCAGAUAGGAAGUGUGAUGCAGAAUGUGCAAUUACAUAAUUCAAAAAUAGGGGUUGGGGGCAGUAGCUGUGAGGAGUUCGUCCUUGAGGAGGCGAGAAACAAGCAAAGGCUUAUGUGCUUAUAUUAUUCUAAUCUGAGUCUGGGUCCAAUGUAAGCAACAUGGGGGGACUGACCAUCACUUCAAUCACAGCUAGGUAAAUGCCUGCCCUGUUCCAGUUUCACCAUUAACCGUUUCAUUAAAGCCAAAUUAAUAAAGGGUAAAUAAAUAUG